UUGACGCGGCGCAGUGUCGAAGCGAAUGUCUUAAAUAAUAGUGAUGAUCCGAUCCUUUUGACAUUUGCUGUGGUGAAAUCCAAUAUGUCUCCAGGUGUGGUGUAUUGGUGUUGUGUCUAGCUAGGGUGUGCCAGUUUUUCCCGGGUAGAGUGGGUAGAGGCUUAAUUCAUUUAAACAGGAGCUAUCAGCAAACAGUGGGAAAUGAUUUCCAACUAGGUAUUGCACAGCCCACUGUUUCGUUGAUUUUUAAAGAAAAUGCUUCCAAUAUUGGAAUCCACUCUGUGCAGUGUCUGGAUCAAAACAGACAUAACUGAAGAGCAGAAACGAACAACAAGAAGGAAAUUUUUCACCAGAUCAGGAAUUCCAAAUGUGGUUGGUUGCGUUGAUGGAACCCAUGUUGCAAUUAUUGCUCCAUGUGAGAACAAGCACUUAUAUAUGAAUAGAAAAGGAUUUUACAGCAUAAAUGCGAUGAUUGCAUGCGAUCAGGAUAUGGUUAUACGGUGUGUUGAUGCAAGAUAUGGAGGAUCUAGCCACGACUCAUUUGUGUGGAACAAUAGCGCUUUAAAAACAUAUCUGGAGCAAACAUACCAAAGAGGAGAUCAUAAUUCGGUUUACUUAGGUGAUUCUGGUUAUCCACUACACGAGUAUCUAUGGACGCCUUUCCGAAACGCUUUACCAGGAACAGUAUAAUCAAAUUUUAAUAAGAAACAUGCAAUGGCAAGGAACGUAGUUGAACGAACAAUUGGAGUGCUGAAAUGUCGUUUUCGUUGUAUACUAGGUGAACGUAAACUACGAUAUCCACCUAGUAAAGCAACUGUUAUUGUAAAUGUUUGUUGUGCUUUACACAAUAUUUGCAAACAAUAUAAUGUGAAUGAUCCUGAAGAAGAAACUUUUGUUGAUGUGGUAGUACCACUGGAACCAGUUGACGGAAA